AUGCCCCUCCGUUUUGUCCUAGGCUCAUCGAAAAUUGCCUCACAUGUUGAUCCAGAAUUGGCAGAAUUUGAAGCUAUGGACUUGGAAGCCCAACUGCUGAAGAUUGAGGAAUUGGGAGAAACCCUAAGCAAGGCCAAGUCCAAAGUAGUGGAUGAGGCGAUGGAUAGGAUAAGAAUUUGGCAGACGACUGAGGUAGAUCUGGAUGAAAACAAAGAAGUCAUUGAUCAACAGAUGAAAGAUCUGGACUUGCUGCACAAGGAGAACAUGGCUCCUCGUUCUAUCUUUAAGAUCAGCCGGGGUUUGGCUAGAGACGUAGCCAAUAUUCAUGAUCUAUAUGAAGAUCUUAGGCCCUCUCUCAAUAUUUCUAAGUUCUACAAGACUACGCAUGAAGCCAACUUGGUGGAUUAUCAUAAGGAAAAGUCGGAGCUGGAUUUAAUGGUUAUAGGUUACAAAAAGACCAAAUCUGCCGCUCAUAAGCGGGAAAGACAUAUCGAGGAUCCCCAGAAGCAACUGGCUGCACAGAAAGGGACUCAGAAGGAUAUGGGAGCUAGACUGGGUGCGAAAACCAAGGCCACUUUUCUUUUGCAAAGCAUGGUCUCGGCUUCAAGACCUGCCUUGGAGAUUGCAGAGGCCCCAUUCAUCAAGGUCUGCUCCUUCUGA